GUGACAAAUGGUGGAAAAACAACACUUACCAAUGAACUUCUGAAAGUCCUUUCUAACUGCAGCAAAAUCAGCCAGGAUGACUACUUCAAGUCUGAUGCAGAAGUUGCAACAAAUGAAAGAGGAUUUAAGCGAUAUGAUGAACUUGAGGCCUUGGAAAUGGAAAAAAUGAUGGAAACUGUUCAGUCGUGGAUAUCUCAGCAUAACAAUUGUGCCUCCUCAGAAGAUAAAUUAAAUAUAGUGCAAAAAAGAUGUGAAGACACAGUGCACUUUUUAGUUGUUGAAGGUUUCCUCCUGUACCACUAUGAGUCAUUGGACAAUGUAUUUGAUAGAAGAUAUUUUCUAACUGUUCCCUUUGAAGAAUGUAAAAGGCGAAGGAGUUCACGGGUUUAUCAGCCUCCCGAUCCUCCUGGAUAUUUUGAUGGUUAUGUGUGGCCUAUGUACAUAAAGCACAAGAAAGAAAUGGACAAAGUUCAAAGGGAUAUAGUUUUUAUAGAUGGUACCAAGCCUCAAGAAGAGAUUCUAUGUUUUGUUUACAAUGAUAUAACAAAAGCUGGUGAGUCAACA